AGUGGUAGUUAGGUACCAGACGAAACUUCUAGUUUGCAGCAUGCGGCAGCAUGGACGGCAUGACUUCGUUUUGGAAGGUUUUCUUCUCAAAAAUUGUUGAAAAUGCGUGGUUUUGGAGGUUGCUUGCCUCACUUAUUGCCACAAGAACAAGUUUAGAUGUUGGUGAAAUCCGUCAGAAACUGUGUAUCUCUGUGAAUUGCUGGGUUUGAGUCUUGACUUGAAGAACCAUGCGGCUGAAAAUGGGAUUUGAAUGUCGCGGCAUUUCUGCACGUGGUCUGAGCCAUGCGCCAGCACACGAAUGGGAAAAUGGUCCUUGAGAGCAUAGGAGGCCUCAUCUCAGCAGGAGUCUUCAUCUAUGAGAAUGGGCUAUUACGAUUCCAGUCGGCCACACUUCAAGAAACAGCCUAUGGACUCCUGGUGGAAAAACAACAGCGCAAGCUGCAUGAGACAUACACCAUCUACUUAGAGCAACGGUACCUCGGAUUCAUCAAUGAAAAAGAAAGGAAGACAUUCAGCCAAAAAAGAAGAGUUGAAUGGUUCAGCAGAGAAAGGAAGACAUUCAGCCAAAAAAGAAGAGUUGAAUGGUUCAGCAGAGAAAGGAAGACAUUCAGCCAAAAAAGAAGCGUCGAAUGGUUCAGCAGAGAAAGGAAGAUAUUCAGCCAAAAAAGAAGAGCCCAAUGGUUCAGCAGAGGGGUUUGAGGACUGCAUCUUCAAGCUCGAGAUGCAAGGAGCCUGCAUUACUUGGCCCAGCUUGAGCUGACACUGAAGAGGAGUUACACAACAUGCUGCUGUUCUGUGUGCCGGAACCGAUUUAUUUUAUGAGAGGCCUAUAGAUGAAAAGUUACAAUUCACACAUUCGCCAUUGAAAGAAGAAGCCACAGAAGUAUGACAUGAUGCGGGUCAUCUCCAACAGUGAUGUGUCUAAACAAUGUCUCGUAGGACAAUUUUACCAUAGGAUUUACGUGGAAAUAAAGUUGAACAGUUUAAAGUUGAAUUUUCUCAGAAUUUAAAGUUGAAGGUUUACCACUUAAAGUAUUUUAAUGUUAUGUUAUAAUAAUGGCUUAUUACCUUGACCGUUACAAAAUGUUGAUGAACACUCACUUUAAUUUCAAACCAUUUAUUGUUAUAUAAAAUAUAGAGGCAAUCCACGUAACGUUUUGAAUAUGUUAUGUUAAUGUUAUUUUUUUCCUUAAGCAAGGCCAACCCAUUAGCGUUUUGGAAAUAAGAUUUAAAAAGGAGUUCAGAUUGUUUAUUUUCAAAUGUGGAUGACAUUUUAAUGGAUUUAGCUCUGUAAUUAGUUCACCAGUACUUUUGCUUUUCUACUCUUAAUGAUUAAUGAUCUUAUGUUUAAUGAACUUUAGUCAUAUUUGUCCUAGAGUUAAAAAAAAAAACACACCUGAUUAUCGUGUCUUAAUGCACGAGUUGUACGAGUUUUAUUUGCUGGCAAAGUUUAUAAAAAAGGUAAGUGACUAAUAAAUGUUGGUGAAUAUUAACGAUUGAAUAUAUACUGGAAUAAAAAGAGAGAACAGGCAAAGAUAAA